GUUUGAAAAAAAAUGAAUUUGUUCUAGUGUUGAUAGUGCUGUGUAAAAGCUCGACAAAAUUCGAGUAUAGUGCGACCCCUUCGUGAGGGUAUUUUUUAAAUAAGUUUAUCAAAUUGUGAUCAAUAUCGCGGAUAUAGCUAUAAAUAAUAUGGGGGUUUCGGGGGCGUUGGUUUGGUGCGUGACCAACGACACUUGGAUACCUUUUCGUCUAGAUGCGGUGAAAUUAUCGGGUACGGUGACCAAAGCGCAUUGGGAAUCUGUAGCCGAACUGGUCCGACUAUUGGCUACGAAUCAACUCGUCCUAAAAGCUGGAUCUUCGUUGGGAGCUCUGGAUAGUCUGCAGAAUACUUCGGUCCUGGCUGCUGGAAACGAUAAUCCAGCCACGACUAUACUGAGGAUAAACGAUAAUUCUGCUUCGUCGGAUCGAAUUGCCGAAGAAGAAGAAGAUGAUGAGGAGAAAUCUCCCUGCGAAAGGACCUCAUCGUCGGCUGUUACUUUCAACCUGGCUACCAAUAGUUUACAUAGCGUUUUGAAUAAUCUCGAGAAUAUUAAAUACAUCGCCGAGGAGGACAGCAGUUCGUCGUCGACCGCCUCGUGCUCUUCUUCUUCCGUCGGCGAAGACUUAGAAAGCGGACGACACCUAUGCUUGGCUCGACUGGACGCCACCUCGGACUCGCUACCUAUUGUCGAAACGACCGCGGCCGCCACUGAUAACGACCGACACCAGAUUAGAAAUUAUCGACGUCGUCGCGUUUCCUCGAUAUCGGUAGCCAGCUCUAACCUAUUCGACGAGCGAACCGUUAAAAAAGAAAUCGAUCCGGAGAACGACGACGAAGAAUUGGCUGAAACCACCACCUCGAAGACUAAAUCGGUGGUCAUCGAUAAGAAACAAUACGUACCCCAAGAGACGCCCAAUUGGCUGAAAUUACUGCAAAGGUAUCACGACUCGAAACGACUAGAGAAACAGAUCCAAAGACAGAGAGAAGCAUGGGCCAGAAAUAAACGUAAUUUAAGAAGAGAAUCUGUACCUAAAUGUGUUUCCGGUUUGAGUAGAUGGUAUUUCGGUAAAAUAAAACGUAUCGAAGCCGAAAAGAAACUCUUGCUGCCAGAAAACGAUCACGGAGCAUUCCUUAUCAGAGACUCGGAAAGUCGACAUAAUGAUUAUUCACUUUCAGUCCGAGACGGUGAUACAGUAAAACACUAUAGAAUUAGACAAUUAGACGAGGGCGGAUUCUUCAUCGCCAGAAGGACCACAUUCAGAACUUUACAAGAAUUAGUCGAACAUUAUAGUAAAGAUGCAGAUGGCCUUUGCGUUAACCUAAGAAAGCCUUGUGUUCAGAUUGAGAAACCAGUAACGGGAGGAUUAUCGCACAGUACCAGAGAUCAAUGGGAAAUUGAUCGAUCGUCGUUGAAAUUCGUUCGUAAACUCGGCCACGGCCAAUUCGGUGAAGUAUGGGAAGGAUUAUGGAACAAUACAACGCCGGUCGCUAUCAAAACUUUGAAACCUGGAACUAUGGAUCCUAAAGAUUUCUUAGCUGAAGCUCAAAUCAUGAAGAAAUUAAGGCAUACGAAAUUAAUCCAGUUGUACGCGGUUUGUACGAUGGAAGAACCUAUUUACAUUAUUACCGAGUUGAUGAAGAAUGGAAGUUUAUUAGAGUUCUUACAAGGCAAAGGACGUAACAUCAAGCUUCCCCAAUUGAUCGACAUGGCUGCCCAGAUUGCCGCUGGUAUGGCGUAUCUAGAAGCACAAAAUUACAUUCAUAGAGAUUUAGCUGCCCGAAACGUGCUGGUCGGUGAAAAUAAUAUAGUCAAAAUUGCCGACUUUGGAUUAGCUCGAUUAAUCAAAGAGGAUGAAUACGAAGCGAGAAUAGGAGCAAGGUUCCCGAUCAAGUGGACAGCCCCAGAAGCGGCCAACUUCAGUAAAUUUUCCAUCAAGUCAGACGUGUGGUCGUUUGGUAUCCUGUUGACUGAACUAAUCACUUAUGGACGUAUUCCAUAUCCAGGAAUGACCAACGCCGAAGUAUUACAACAAGUCGAACACGGUUACAGAAUGCCAGCUCCUCCAAAUUGUCCUCAAGCUUUAUACGAGAUAAUGCUCGAAUGCUGGCACAAAGAUCCGAUGAAACGACCGACAUUCGAAACACUGCAAUGGAAAUUGGAAGAUUUUUUUACACUGGAGGGAUCUGAUUAUAAGGAAGCUUCGGCUUACUGAGAUCACGCCUGCCUCUCGGGUCGCCUAUAUGGCGAACGUUUACCUAAAGGUACCGUUUUUUUGCGUAGAGUUUAAACCACCACCACCCAUCUCUAUGCCCCAAAAAUAUCAAAUAUCGUCAUCGAUAAAUUUCAUCUUAAAACGAGCCGUCGUCAUGCCGCAACCGCAUCACCGUCUUUGUAGUUGAAUUUUCAUUUUUUUUUUUCAUUUUUGAUUUUCGAAGCUUCGUUUCCCUUCUUCUAUAGCGAGUGUAUUAUUUCUUUCGUGAUAUCUCGAGCUUUUUUUUUUUUUUUUUUAAUUUAAAUGUAUUAUGUCGAGAUGAACAUUGUGUUCGGUUGUGUAACGAUUGAUUUAGGUUUGGAUUCGUUACCUGAGAGGAAAUUAUUCCUUAGUUUAUUUUGUUUUCUUUUUUAAUUUAAUUUAAUUUAGAAAGCGUGAUAACGCAGGCGCAUAUUACGACGAAACAAAAUUUUAUAUACUUGAGAAAAACAACAAACAAUCUCGAACGAUUCAUUUCGAUGAUCGUAUCAUUUUGUACAAAUGAGAAAAAAUUUUUAUUUCGUCUUAAUUAUGUUAAUGCAUUUAUUAUUUAGUGGUUUCCUUAGCCCUUCCAAUCUCUUCCCUUCUUUACUUAUUCGUCUUUUUUUUCAUUAUUUAUCAAACGCUUAUUAUGUUUUUAAUUUUACUUGUUUAAGAUUCUUUUUUUUUUCAUUUCGUAAAUCGUAGAUUUCUCUCGUAUGCUCCUAGCUUCUUAUUUUGUUGUAUUUUUUUUUUCUUUUUCGUUUUUUUAAUUUAUUAUUUUUCUUUUUUUUAUUUUAUCUUUAUGACGAGGUUUUAAACGAACGAACGGUAUAUUCCCCCCUCCCCCCUCCUCCCCUCCCGAGAGGCAGAAAUAUUUAAGUCAUUGCGUACGUGUUGUAACGUGUAUAUAGGAUAAUAUUUUACUACUACGUGAGUUUUAUUUUUUUUUUCGUGUACAUUUAUAUAUUGAUUUUUACGACAAAUACGAGAAGAAAUUAAUUAAUAUGUGUUCAUGUCGGCAAAAAUUUUAUAUUUUUGUACAAUUUUUUGUUCCCCCGACUAAACAGGUAAUAAUAACCGAUGAAUUUUAUAUUCCAAUUUUAUACGCGGAUGCAAUUUUAUAUAAACAUUUUGAAAAUUGUAUAAAGUACGUAGCGAGUUCGCUUUUAUAUAUUUUUUCCUUUUUACAUAUUUUUACUUAUUUAUUCGCAUUGGAGAUGCUGAAAAAAAAUCACAUUAAAAAAAAAAUUAAUUUAAAUAUUCUAACAUUAACGAAAAGCAGCGCUUUUAUGUUUUGUAAUUUAAUCACGAUUAAAAAAGGUUUCUCGUACAAAGACUGAAGAAAAAGAAAAGAAAUUCGAUAAAUAUCUUACGAGCUUUUACCCUCCUAAGUAAGAUUAUUAUGGAAUAUCAGUAUUUAAAUCGAAUACGAAAGUUAAUUACCUACGUAUGUAUUUCCAAUGCAAUAAUUAGUGUGCAUCUUGAUGACGUAAUAGCAAUAUUCGAAUAAAUAAUAUUUUUUGACGAGAGUUGAAAUAAAAAUGCUCUCUCUGAAAUGCAUUUUUUUCUUUUUUUUUUUUUUGAAUUAAUCAGUAUUGGUUACGAGAUUUUUUGCUCUUUGUGUUUUUAUUAAGAUUAAUGUGUUUCUUAUACCUAUAUUUUUUCUUUUCUUUGUUUAAAUGUCCGAAACCGUCUGGGAACGGUUAUUUUUAAAAAGCUGAACAAAUUUUCGUGUUUACCAAGCAUUAUGAUAUUAUGUUUAUAAUUUAUAUGCUACCAAGUUACAUUUCAUAUCUUUUUUUUAAUAUAAUUUGAUGUUUAAUUAGUCGCAUGUAUGCUUUUUAAAUGUUCUUUUUUUUUUUAUUAUUUUAUUUAUGUAAACUUAAUUUUACUAUAACGUGUAAAUUUGAUAUCGCAUUCUGCUACUUGUAUGUUUUUUUCUCUCUUUUUUUCCUUUAUAAUAAAGAAAAAUUCGAAAA